GGUAUGAGCGGUGAGCACAGGACUGAAUAAAUUGUAGCCCGUAGGUCGUGAAAAAUUGAAAAUAUUAUGUACAAUAUAGUUAUUAGUUUCUCGUCGAUGUGUAAAUAGUCACUGUGGUAGUGCGGGUUAAAAUACUGUGAUUUAAAAUACUCAAAUGAUCAAACACUAAAGUAUUUAAGUAUUAACGAAAUAACUUCAUUAUGCGUUUAAACAAUGUUUUGCAUUUUCGCGAUAUGCGUCGAUACACAAAAAAUCCACUCGAAGUUAAAUUCGAAGAACUGUUGCCGCUUAAAUUGAAAGAAAAAGUAUCUGGAAAAGGAGAUAGGUCCAAAGAACGUGCAUGUGUUCAUGAAAUAUCUAUUAUGUUUGCCUGCUUCAAAAAAAAUGAAUUUGACCAAGCUCGAUGUUCAGAUGAAAUUACCAAGUUUCAAGCAUGUGCAACUAAAAAUUACGCUGACAAGUUUAAAAGAAAACAAGACAUGCUAGAAGGAAAAAUUUCUACUGGAAAAGACAAUCUUACUCCCAGAGAAAUCAAUUAUCUUCUGAAAAAAUAUCCAAAUCCGUAAAACUGAGUUUUUAGAAUUUCUUUUAAGGUACAAGUAGCUAUUUAAAUUUGUUAAACUUUAAUAUUCAUUUAAAAUGUAAAAUCUGUUUGUUGACAUUGUAUUGCUGAUUAAAAUAAAAAAUAAGUAUAUUAUUAAUUUGUAAAUAUUAUAAUUAUCAAUGGUGGAUUACAAACAAAUGUGUAGUUUUAAAAUUCAUGAGUAGGUACAAUAAUUUACUUGUUUCUUCUAUUUAAUGUAUUUUUUAAAUUAAAUGUUAUCAAUGAUUUUGUUAAAAUGAUUAAUUGAGUAAUAAAGAAGAAUUCAUUAAAAUA